AUGAAGAGGAAGGUAAAUCACAUUCAAAUCCUCCACAGUGUAUUUGUGGACUUUGAACGACAUGCAAGUGAACCAGGCGUGCCUUCAAGUGGGGUAAACUCCCUGCGGGCUUUUCAUAAUGGAAAGGUCGUGGCUCUGACCUGUCUUCGACCACUGUCGACCGAAGUUGGGGACUCAGGUGGUGUCCUGAUAACUGGAGGUGAAGAUGGUGCAAUCCGAGCAUGGACUGCAGACCGAGGGAAGUUGUGUGGUACACAAACGUUCUCGGCGUUUUCAAAGACACAAGAGCUCGACGAGGCCAUCGCGGGCGACAAGCGGGCUUCUCUCGAUGAAAGGGUUGUCACUUUGGAAGGAGCCGGAGAUUCCCCGAAAAAGAAGGGUGACGUGCCAGUCCCGGUCUGUGCCUUGGCUUCUUGCAGAGCCCAGCCUUUGGUCGCCAUUGGUCUCUGUCAUGGAGCGGUGCACAUUGCUUACGUCAAACAGACAUCUGCUUACGAUGUGAGCAUGACGUCCCUUUGGAGCGAACGUUUCUACCGCGGUCCCGCAUCGCAGCUGUGCUUCCAUCCCACGAAGACUCUGCUGGCCAUAGCCUCUACGGACGAUCGCUCGGUGCACGUGAUCAAUUUUCACAAUUCGAUGGGGGAUUUCGUGGUUUGCGGUGUUGGCGUGGCGCCGCCGGGGCGAGGAGGCGUAAACGGAUUAAUGUGGCGGGGAGUUGACAUCGUUUUCAGCACGGAGGACUGCCUCGUGUGCGCUCUUCAAGUCAAGUCGGAGCGUCGCGCGCGCCCCACCCGCGUUGACCCCCUUUCGUGGGUUUUGCGCACGCCCACACCGUUGCACGGGAUGCGACCUCAUCCGCAGAUCCGGCACGGGCCGUUCUUCGCCGUGUCGGCUGAUAUGCGUGUUUUGCAGGUUUUACCCGCACUUCCUGAGAAAGGAAUCCCUUCCACCUUGGCCGACGGCGGGGAGCCGAAGGCUCUAUCGCCGCUCGACACCCUCGAGGCGCAUCAGAAAGGUGUAGCGGUUAUGGCCGCGUCACCAGAUGGCCGCUUUAUGGCCACGGGAGGGGCCGAUGGACUUGUAUGCCUGUGGAUGGUGUACGAGAACCAGGUGGAACUUCUCAACUCCGCUCUCGUGCACGCCGGUCCGGUGAUCUCACUGGCUUUUGCGGCCAACUCGGCGAUUUUGUUCACAACGUCUCUCGACGCAACAGUGUUCGGCCUCGCUCUGGAAGGUCUCCAAGAAGGGUCGGAAGCCCAGCCACCACCAGUAGUGGCGACGCUGGAGGUAUACUACUUGAAGUACCUUUAA